AUGAACGGAUGGUCCACUUACCUGCUGGGAUGGACGACCUUCCUUCUCUACUCCUGUGAGACACAUGGGGAUAGCAAGGCUCCCUGUGUCUUCCCCUUCAUCUACAAGGGGUCUGUUUACUUCUCUUGCACCAAAAAAGGUAGCCUUUCGCCUUGGUGUGCAACCAAAGCGGUGUAUGACAGACACUGGAAGCCGUGCUUGGUGGAAGAUUACCCACGAUGUAUCUUCCCCUUCAUCUAUCGGGGAAAGUCCUACAGCAACUGCAUCACGGAAGGCAGCUUCUUUGGAAAGCUGUGGUGCUCAGUCACCUCCAAUUAUGAUGAGAUGAAGCAGUGGAAAUACUGUGAAAUCAAUGGGAUCACCUCCUUGCUGCCCGGGUCCCCCUGCCACUUCCCCUUCAUCUACAAAAACAAGAAUUAUUUCAACUGCACCCGGAAAGGGUCCAAGGAGAACCUCCGAUGGUGCGCAACCUCCUACGCCUACGACCAGGACCGCACCUGGGUGUACUGCUGA